CGUGUCCUUCCUUUACAUAGUUUAUCUACUUACCUGUGUGUUACAUGUCAUUGGGCAGUUGAAACUGUAUGGAAGAUAAUGGAGAUGAAUCAAGACAGUAACUUGGACGAUGUGGACAAAUUAUCAAAUACUGAGAGAGCUCAAUUAGAAAACAAAAGGGGAAGAUGGGGAGCAAAGCUAGACUAUAUGCUUUCUAUGGUGGGUUAUUGUGUUGGUCUUGGUAACAUCUGGAGAUUUCCGUAUCUUUGUAUGAGAAAUGGAGGAGGUGCUUUUCUGAUCCCAUUUAUAUUUUUCCUCCUCGCUGCUGGUCUUCCAUUAUUUUUUCUGGAAAGCUCUGUUGGACAAUUUACAGGGAGAAGUUUUUUUCAUGUCUGGAAGGCCUGUCCUUUUUUCGAAGGUCUUGGAGUGGGGAUGUUCAUUGUUCUCUUUGUAAGCACACUGUACUACAAUGUCAUCAUCACCUGGACCAUUUUCUAUCUCGGAAGUUCCUUUUUCUCGCCUCUUCCAUGGGCAGUCUGUGAAAAUGAUUGGAAUACUCUAGAAUGUUUCCAUGGCAUUUCAAACAUGUCUUCUCAGCAUGAUUCUAAUGGAUCAACAAAAGACUCGUAUAACACAUCUAACUUGUCAAAAACUUAUUCAAAAAUGUAUCACUACAACGGAGCUGCCUCCCUUGUGGAGAACAUAACAAAAGAAACUAUACUUAGAUCAACAAGUGAAGAGGAAUUUUGGUUUUAUCGUGUUCUUCGUAUGUCAGAGGGACUCCACGAUAUUGGAGGAUUAAAUUGGCGCCUAACAAUCUGCUUUCUCGUAGCAUGGAUCGUGGUUUGCAUAUGUCUGAUCAAAGGAGUGAAAUCUGUUGGGAAGGUUGUUUACAUCACAGCGACCCUUCCCUAUUUGUUACUGAUCGUCAUUCUUAUCAAGGGCCUGACGCUUCCUGGAUCAACUGAUGGCAUCCUUUUCUACAUCAGACCAGACUUUGAUAAACUUGCCAGUGUUCAAGUAUGGUUAGAAGCAGGAAUUCAAGUCUUCUAUUCACUAGGACCCGCAUGGGGACCUCUCUUUACCAUGGCUAGCUUCAAUAAAUUCAACAAUAACUGCUAUAGAGAUUCAAUCAUAUUAUCUAUGAUAAGCGAAGGAACAAGUAUAUUUGGAGGAUUUGCCAUUUUCACCAUUGUUGGUUACAUGGCGCAUGUUGCGGGUAAACCAGUGGAUAAAGUGGUACAGGCAGGUCCCGGACUGGCUUUUCUUGUUUAUCCAGAAGCUCUCUCGCUGCUUCCUUUGCCAAAUGUCUGGGCUGUGUUGUUCUUCUUAACAUUGUUUACUGUUGGAUUAGACAGUCAGUUUACCACCCUGGAAUCCUGUUUGACCGCUUUCACAGAUAUUUUUCCUCGUAUGCGGAAUCACAAGGCCUUAACGGCAAUGUCUUCUUGUCUGUUUCUCUUUCUUGUUGGAUUGCUACUAUGCACUGGGUGUGGAAUCUACAUUUUCCAGCUGCUAGACUGGUACAUUGCAGCCUUUAGUAUACCUCUUUUUGGAGUGAUUGAAUGUUUGGUGUUUGGCUGGAUUUAUGGGGCAGAUAACUUGUCACGUGACAUUGAAAUGAUGAUCGGAAGAGGUGUACCUAUUUAUAUGAGGAUUUUGUGGUGUGUGAUUACGCCCUUCCUGUUAGUGAUGUUAUCCGUAUUUUCUAUAUACACGUACCGGCCGCCAAUGGUUGGUUCUUACACGUAUCCGGCGUACGGUCGGGCUAUUGGCUGGAUCGUGGCCUUCCUUCCUAUGGUACCUCUACCCAUCUGUGCGAUAAGAGCCAUAAGACGGUCUAAAGGUGAUACCGUAUGGAAGAAACUGUGUUCAUCUUUCAAACCUUCGGAGGGAUGGAGACCGAUAUCUAAUUCUGUGUUUAUAAGAUAUAAGAUUGAAAAUAGAUCUGGGGACUUUAAAUCAACCAUACUCAGAAACAUUUUUGGAAGAUAAACUUAGACAUCAAAAUACAGGUUUCCUGCCUCGAAAAAUAACGCAGAUUUAUUUUUCGCUGCUUAUCUGUUUGCAACUUUACAUGUAAGAUAUGUGACAAUUCAUUAUUUUGCCAGCAUACCAUUGCAUUUUUUUAAUGAUAAUUAUCAACUAAAUGUUUGU